AUGACGUUCCUCGGAGGCGUCCGUUGGGCAGACAUCAGCAGCGACACUCAGUCGCUGUCGGCGAUGCCCUGCACGCCCAAAGGGAGUUCCUCGUACUGUGGAAGCCUCGGAGGCGGCGCAGCAGCUACGGCCCUUCUUCUCCAGCACGAGGCCGCCGAACAUUCGUACCUGAAUCCGUCCUCGUGUGCCGCCGAGUUUGAAAACAGCAGCGCCGGUCUGAACCUUCAUUUCCGUAGUGCGGCCAACCUCGGCGGCGCAGAAGCAGACGCCAUCAAUGUCCCGUCUCCUUCGGCCGCGUCUGGGCUCGACGGCGGCGGAGACUGCGACGGCAUGUGCGAAAGAUUUGGCUGGGAGGGCCGCUCCGGGUCCAGAGAAGCGAAGAAAAACGCUGGCGUUUCUUCCAGCACUGCGACGACUCCUGGAUUCAAAGGUCUGUUGGGAUUUUCCUCCUCCCACGAGCAUGGCGAAGGCCGCGGCACUGCGGCCUCGUCCUGUGCGUCGAAUGCCGCUCUUAUCUCUUCAGGCUCCGGGAGAGCCUGCGACAAACACGGCUCGCCGUCAGGCUCUUCCCUUACUUCUGUCGCGGGGGCCGGGAAGCUCCGGGGUCGCGGCCGACCCACGCCGGGGGCGUCUGGGGCUGCUCGCCCGCAGCACAGCGUGAAGGCUGGCCAGAAGGCUGCGAAUGACGACGCAGAUGCAUGCGCGAACUGGCGUCGAGCAGCGCCAGGCCCACGAGACGCAUUGACUCGCGCGCCCGCCUUGACUCCGGCGAAACGCAAUCGUCGGGCGUCUGGAGGCAGCUGUCGCACGAGCUCGACUCUCGUAGGUCGCGACAGUCUGACUGAGGAAGACGAGAAGCCGAGCGUGGCUGCCCCAGGCUCGGCUGGCGAAGGCGUGCUCGUAGGCCUUCUCCAGUCUCAACAGCCUCCCUCGAAGAAGAAGCGCUCGCUCCAUACGAACCCUGCACAGGGGCGAGAACAGAAGGGAUGUCUGUCGGCCGAGGAGGAAGUGAGCGAGGCGUCGUCUCUCAAAGGGACCGACAAAGCUGGGGCCCAGAGCGGCCAUUCCGGGACUCGCAGCCAGCGAAACAGCGCCUCGGCAAUGGUGGGAAGUACCGGUGGAGUCGCCGUCUCCGGCCGCAAGAGUGGGGGAGGCCGCCGGUCUGUGGGCAGCUCUCGGGGCUCUGCGGGGGCGGCGAGCUCGAAGCAACCCGCAGGGACGAAUCUCCUCCUCCAGCACAUGGGCUCCAUUUCCGCGCCGUUCCUCCAGAUCCCCGGUUUCGUCUCUCCCAUGUUCCUCCCCACGCUCUCUUCACCUGUCGCUGGCGGCGCACCUGCAGUCGGCCCGGCAGCGCUGGGGCUCUCCUUUUUGCCGCAUCCUAAUGCGAAGACGGCGGAGGCGAGCGGCGAGGUCGACGAAGAAGACUGGGCACGCAGGGAGUCGGCGCGCAUGAAGGACAUUGCGAUCGGCAAGGCGACGGAGGGCUAUCGCAACUUUAUUCGGGCGAUUCCGAAAGACCAACGCAGAGAAGGAGACCCGGCGACGCCCGAUCCGAAGCAACGGUGCACCAAGGCCCAGUUUCAGCGGGAAUACCAAGACUGGCGAAAGCAGCUCCACAGAUACGACUCGUGCGGUGUGCGGGGUUUGUCGCCUGUGGAGAACGCAAACACGCACGGCGAGGAAGCCUUCCGGGACGCGAAACAGGAGGCAACGGGUGAGGGCCGAGGGGCCGAGCUCGGGAUAGCAGCCAACCUGGGCGUCGAGGCGAGGCCCGCGACUGAGGGCGAGACGGUAGGCGAGGUCGCAGGCUUCACGGACGAAACAGACCCGAUCCUCGAAUUCAACAGAGAAUGCGAGCUCGCUGGCCUGUGA